AUGAAACAUAUGGGAUAUGAAAAGCCAUCGGCUAUUGUCUUAAAAGCUAUAAGGGAACAAGUGGAAGGAUCUGAUCCUAGCUCAGAAACUAGGUCAAAAAUUGCUGAUUUGUUAAGCUUAAGAACAAAUCAAGAACUUCUAAUCGAAGCUGUUGCACUUGAAAACUUGAAGGAGAAUGCUGAACAAGCAGAAAAGAUUGGGGAUUUGGAGUAUAUUGAAGAAAUGAUUGCUCUUGUUACACACAUGCAUGAUUGCUUUGUGGAAAUGAAACAAUCAGAAAGCUCUAACCCUGUUCCAAUUCCUCCAGACUUCUGUUGUCCACUGUCACUUGAAUUGAUGACAGACCCUGUGAUUGUAGCUUCUGGGCAGACAUAUGAGCGGGGGUAUAUUCGUAAUUGGAUCAAUCUUGGACUCAAUGUUUGCCCUAAAACAAUGCAAACUCUUGUUCAUAAUAAUUUGAUUCCUAAUUACACUGUGAAAGCAUUGAUUGCUAAUUGGUGUGAAUCCCACAAUGUUAAACUCCCAGAUCCUGUAAAGCAGCCAUUAAGGUUAACCUUGAAUCAACCUACUUCACCUAGAUCGAAUGGAAUCUAUCAGGAAGAAGCUUCUUCUCCAGUGCAUCGUCAUGUCCAUUCAUCUUCAGAAGAUUCUGGAAAGGGGAAUGAGUUUAAUACAGUUGAAUCCGGUGAGAAAAGUUUGGAUUCCGGUGGACCUGGACCUGGACCAUCUGGAGUGGAUGAAGGAUCACCACCGGAGGCACCUGCAAUUGAGUCGUCUUCUUCAGCUCCGGCAACCGCUUACAAUAGUGAUGCUUCAGGGGAGCUGGCGGCAGAGCCUCAGGCUGCCAUUGCUGCUUCCCAGCAUGCAGUUUCACCUCGAUUAGGAAACAGAGCACGAAACCAAAUAUGGCGGAGAUCAUCUUUUGGGCCGAGAGUUGUUUCUUCUGCUACUGAAGCGAGACCUGAUCUCACGGAACUCGAAACGCAGGUGAAGAAAUUGGUCAGCGACUUGAGCAGCGCUUCCAUUGAUACAGUCAGGAACGCCACCGGUGAACUCAGAUUACUUGCGAGACAAAUGAAAUUGAAAGGUAGAGGCGCUACACUCCUUUUUUUGUUCGUGUCACCACACAUCAACAUAGAGAAAUCGAGAACCCCUGCAGGUUUGAUCUGUUCAGAAGACGGGAUCAAAGAUUUGGUGAUAUUGCGAUUUUGUUGUGGGAGAAAAGAGGAUUUGUGA